GACCACGGACCACCGCGCCACCGCCCCCGACUCCCGAGGGCCCGGACUCCGACAAGCGCCCGCCCGCCCGCCCAUCACUCCUCUUCCCCGAACCCUAGCCUCCCAUGGCGGCUACCGCGGCGGCGUCGCGCUCCUCCUCCCUGCUCCUCUCCCGCCGCCACGGCGCGUCCUUGUCCUCCUCCUCGUCGGCGUCCCGCGCCGGCGCCUCCCGCCUCCGCGCGCCGAGGUGCGUGCUCGGGACGGCGGAGCAGCUGCGGGUGGUCGAGGCGGGGAAGCCGGUGGGCGGGGCCGACCCGUGGGCCGCGGCCUGGACGCCCAAGACGCCCGCGCAGGAGGCCAGGCUCGCCGCGCUGCCGCAGGAGGCGCGCGACUCCAGGCUCAAGAUCUUCUCCGGCACCGCCAACCGCCCGCUCGCGCAGGAAAUUGCUUCUUAUCUGGGCGUAGACCUUGGCAAGAUCCUUAUCAAGCGCUUUGCUGAUGGAGAAAUCUACGUGCAACUGCAAGAGAGUGUGAGGGGCUGUGAUGUCUUCUUGGUGCAGCCCACUUGCUCUCCUGUCAAUGAAAACCUCAUGGAGCUCUUCAUCAUGAUUGAUGCAUGUCGGCGGGCCUCAGCGCGAUCUAUUACCGUUGUCAUUCCGUACUUUGGAUAUGCCAGAGCAGACAGAAAGGCUCAAGGACGUGAGGCAAUUACUGCCAAACUGGCUGCAAAUUUACUCACGGAAGCUGGCAGUGACCGUGUCAUUGUAUGUGAUAUGCAUUCUGCACAAGCAUUGGGAUACUUCGAUAUUCCUGUGGACCAUAUAUAUGGACAGCCUGUGAUUCUGGAUUACCUUGCUAGCAAGACAAUUUCUAAGGAUCUUGUGGUUGUUUCUCCUGAUGUGGGUGGUGUUGUUAGAGCACGUGCCUUUGCCAAGAAAUUGUCUGACGCCCCUUUAGCUAUUGUUGACAAAAGAAGACAGGGUCACAAUCUGUCAGAGGUCAUGCACUUAAUUGGUGAUGUGAAGGGGAAAGUUGCUAUCAUGGUUGAUGACAUGAUUGACACAGCGGGGACAAUUACUAGCGGAGCAGCAUUGUUAAAACAGGAGGGAGCAGAGGCUGUUUAUGCUUGUUGCACACAUGCUGUCCUCAGCCCACCUGCAAUUGAAAGGCUUUCUGGAGGCAUCUUUGAGGAAGUUAUAGUUACGAACUCCAUCCUGCUACCAGAGGACAAAUGCUUCCCUCAGCUGACAGUGCUCUCCAUGGCAAACCUUGUAGCAGAAACUAUCUGGCAUGUUCACCGCGACGGCUCAGUGAGCAGCAUCUUCCAAUAACGGCGAGCAUCUUCUUACAUUUGGGUGGUAUAGAGAAGGCACCGGAUGCUUGUGCCAUUGGUGUAGGAAUCAAUUUUGGUGACAUGACAAAUAAAGUUGCAUUGCCGUGCAGGCAUUGUACUUGUACCGGAUGAUCAAUUUUGCGUCAACACCUAGUCAAGGGUGUUUAGUUUCUGAUCCGCGUCUUGACAUAAGCUUUCUCGUAGUAAAAAAUAUGACUCAUGGCACUUAUUCGAAGGAAUUGAUACUGUUGGAAUGUCCCAUUUGCCACCGACCAAGGAACGGCAAAUUGGUUGUCGCCAAAGAUC